GGUUCCCAAAGGUAUUUAGCCUACAUUGGAAUUUACACAGGACGCUCAGCAUGACUUCUCCGCUUCUUGCCCUUUACGAAAGUUCUGCUGCCUCUCCAUCACAAAGUCAUACUACUCCCACUCUCUUCGGUGCAGGACCCCUAACGUUUGUACUGCAAUAUUGGCAAAGUCCACUAGUUACUCCAAACUCCCUGUUAUCACAACCUGCGAAAUCAAUCAAUGGCAACGUUGAAGCGUAUCCCUCGACUGCAUUAAUUCGUAUCCGCAAGCUCAUUGUCGAGUCUCUGUUUCCUUUUAGCGCUCCCCUUCGUUCUGUUCUUAUUCGUUCCUCCCGGUCUAAAAUCUUUUAUUGUCGCUUGGAUACUACCGAGCCAGACGGUUUGCUGUCCUCGAAACGGCAACUGGUGCACAAACUUACAGCCAGAAGUAUAGGCAUGGAGACGGUCAACAACAUGAACCAGAGGGGCACAGCAAGAACCAUGGAGAGUUUGACGAGGCGGAGAGUGAGGUCGUUGCACCCUUAUCAUUGCGAACCACAAACCGCUAAGAGCUACCCCUGAAACACAAAAUGCUCACCGAAAACGACAUAACAUUCCCUGAAACCAGAACCAGCGUCCUCUCUCACACACUGCUAUGAUCAACUCUCGUCCUUUCUUUCCCGAAUGUAACCCCCAGGGAAACCCUACCCAAAAGCCGACGACAGUGUAGGUGUCCAGCUCUGCGGACUCCUCCCCCCGGACUUCAAAGACCGCCGCCGCCAACU